UUGCUUUCAGUACGUAUUCGACUGCGGUUAACGGCGCAACAGGCCAGACGCAACGGCAGUUGAGAGAACGCAGGAAAAGUGAACACAAAAUUCACGCGUGUUUUAAAUUGGAAAAAAAAGAAGAAAAUACUAAAGGGUUUACAAUUAAGUGUUUAUCGAUAGAUCGCACCAAUACCAAUACAAACUCCGCUAAAGUGCGUGCGUGUGCGUGUGUGUGCAAAAGAGCGCACAAAAAGGAAGCGCGAAAAAGUUCAAAAGCAAAUUUCUCCAAACGCUUGCAAAAUGUGCACAUAAAACAAAGAGCGAAAAAAAAGCGCUUUAAAGACAGAGGCAAAAAUAAAAAAAAAUAAAAAAAACCCAAGCAAAUUGCUUAAAAAAAAAUUAACAAACAUAAAUAAACAGUAAACAGUCAUUUUCGAAGAUAAACAGUUUUGAUUGCGCGCCCUAACCUCAAAAUGGUUUCGCACUAUUACAACACACUGCCGUAUUCGCAAAAGCACAACGCCAAUCUGGCGUACGCCUCGGCUGCGGCUGCGGGCCAACCCUGGAACUGGCCAACCAACUAUCAUACGCCGCCCAAUCAUCAGUUCCUGAGCGACGUGGACUCACCGCAUGCCGCUGCCCAUCAUGCAGCCGCCCAUCAAAUGUACUACAAUCCGCACAUGUUCCAUACGGCGGCGGCGGCGGCCAGCGCCAGCGAUUGGCAUUCGCCCGCCUCCAGCUCGGCGGCUGGCGAGAACUUUGUGCAGAAUGUGCCAACAACGGCGCAUCAGCUGAUGCAACAGCAUCAUGCGGCGCACAUUAACAGCGGAUUGCCCAGCGGCGGCUCCAGCAGCUCGGCCAGCUCCGGCAGCAGCGGCUCUGCGCCGCCGGUGGGUGGUGCAGCGCCGGGCGCCACGCAGCUGAACGAGCCAAACGAGGCGGCAGUUCAUGUCCAGCAGCAACAGCAACAACAACAACAGCAACAACAACAGCAGCAGCAGCAACAGCAACAACAACAUAUUGCCGAGGGUUUGCCAUCGCCGCCCAUAACGGUUUCGGGCAGUGAGAUAUCUAGUCCGGGUGCGCCCACCUCUGCCUCUUCGCCGCACCAUUUGACCCAUCAUUUGAGUGCAGCGGGCAGCGUCAACAACAACAACAGCCCCUCGACACACAACAACAACAACAACAACAACAGCAUCACGGCCAACAACAAUCAUCGCACAUCGCCAGCGAAGACGCAAUAUUACGAAUGGAUGAAGAAACCCUCAUAUCCAGCACAACCGCAGCCGGGCAAAACGCGCACCAAGGACAAAUAUCGCGUCGUCUAUACGGACUUUCAGCGCCUGGAGCUGGAGAAGGAGUACUGUACGUCCCGUUAUAUAACCAUACGCCGUAAGAGCGAAUUGGCGCAAUCGUUGUCGCUGUCGGAGCGCCAGGUGAAGAUCUGGUUCCAGAAUCGACGCGCCAAGGAGCGCAAACAGAACAAAAAGGGCAGCGAUCCGAAUGUUAUGGGCGGCGUCCAGCAUACGGACUACAGCCAGCUGCUGGAUGCCAAGACAAAACUGGAGCCGGGCCUGCAUCUGCAGCACACGCUGCAUUCGAUGAACCCAAUGGCGGCCAUGAACAUAUCCGCCAUGCGGCUUCAUUCGCACUCCCAUCUGGCGGCCCACAGUCAUGCGCUGGCCGCGGCUUCUGCCCAUUCCCAUCAGCUGCAGCACAGCGCCCAGAUGUCCGCCGUGGGCGUGGGCACGCUCUCCAUGUGACAUGAUUAUGCAGGCGCCGUUGAGCCGAAUAGCUAUGAAAGCAGCGGGGGAGGCAGCGGGGGAGGCAGCGGGGGCGGCAGCUAUGGCUAUGCAGCGUGUCCACGUGAUCUGGCCGUGGAUUUGGCUUAAGCACUUUGUAUUGGUCGGCCAGGGGGGGGUUGUGGGUGAGUGUGUGUGGGAGAGGGGAUGGUGGGCGGGGUCAAACAGUUAGACUGUUUGUGCAGCCGGAUGCGUAUGCCGUCGUCGACCUUUGAAUAUUGCACGUUGUUAAUUUUUGUGAUUGUAUAUUCACGGCGUUCGUGGCACGCCUCCUGGCUGGCCACGCCCACAGCGG